CACAAAACCAAGAACAUGAAGGUGGCGCCGCUUUGUUUGCUGAGCGUGUGCUUGCUGUUGUUGUCCUUGUGGUGUGCUGCUGGCAGCAGCGCUGUUCUUCCUGCUGCUCAAGUUCAAGUGCUCGAUCACUUGUGCCUGCAAGCACGGACGUCGCUCGCCCAGCUGCACGACAUCAGGAAACAGGCAUCAGCGGAGGUGCGGGGGUCCGGCACAUACUUCUCGAGAGGAAAGCCCAAUGCUAGUAGUACCACUGCUGCUGCACUGCUGACGACACUUGACCUUCUACCCCUCCAACAGGCGGUUGCCCACCUCUGUGCCGAACAGCAACACCUGUAUCGCAGGACGCAACAUCAACAACACCAACAACCGUACAACAAACCCAAUACCAGCCCCAGCAAUCGUCCUGGAAACGCAAACAAUGACAGCGAUAAUGAUGUUCACUUCGAUACUCGCCGCAGCCAUCAGCACAUCACCGGCAGCACGAACCACGCCAAUGACAACACCCCCACAAAUGCGCCUGUCAUUGCUGUCGUUGACAAUGCCCCCACCAAGAACGCCGCCACCACCGUCAACCACGAAACUACUGAGAGCACAAAACGGUACCUCUCCAGUCAUCAUGAUCGCUUCAGCUCACGCCUACGGUCUCAGGGACGACCAACCCCAGCACCGCUGUUGCCGCAGGAACGCCGCGCACGCAUCCGCCGAGACGCCCAUGCCCUGUCCAACAACAACGACAGCAAUAACAACAACAACAGCAACAACAGUGAUAACAACCGCCCUGGUCCCGGCUCUUCUUCUGGGCCCAGUCGCAACGUUGACCCACGCCCACACCACGACAACCGCACCAUCGACACGAAUUGCGCCCUCGCUGACCUCCUGGAUGGCGUGUGUGUGCUCUCUGCCACUGAAACCACUUUCCUCGAGAUCACCAUUGAUGUAAACCUGGACCUGAGGGACGCUCUGCAGACCCAAACGCUCGACACCUCAAGCCUAGAUCGAAGCCUGCCACUCCUCGAGCGCCUCUCCAUUCGCGGCUGGCAGCGCGUGCCGGAGCCCGUGCCGUCGUGGGCCCUGAGCCAGCUCUUUGCCGCCAAGGCAUGGCAGAGCGUGCGCGUGCUGGAGCUCAACUGGCUCGAAACGCGCGGUGGAUUUGACUUCACAUGGCUCAACUCAAUGCCCAACCUCUCUGAAGUUCGCGGGCGUGACCUGCGACUCAACACACUCAAGCGCACGCAUUUUCGCCCCGUCCCAAACGUCACAGAGCCAUACUCCUUUGCCGGCGCCCUCACCGACAUUGUCCUAUCACGGUGUGGCAUCGACAGCGUCGCACCCACGCUGUUCCACAGCCUCACUGCGCUUCGCAAGAUCAACCUCGUUGGCAACGGUAUCGCGCACCUCUCCGCCGUGCAGUUUGUGGGCUUGGAAGCGCUCAGCGCCGUCUCCUUGCAGGAAAAUGCCAUCCUCGCCAUUGAGCCCCAGACAUUCGCCAACCUCUCACGCCUUCAAACGCUGGACCUCACGGACAACCGCAUUCACCGCGUGGACCACAGCGUGUUUGUGGGCCUGGCGUCGUGCUGGCGGCUCAACCUGGGCGGGAACCGCAUCUCCGUUAUCCCAGAAGACGUGUUCAAAGGCUUGUCAAACCUGGAGGUGCUGCUGUUGGAUCGUAACCGAAUCACAGCCGUGCACCACGCGGCCUUCAACACGCUGCAGGAGCUGUUCAGCAUCGACCUCCGCAGCAAUGGGCUGACAUCCCUUGACACCCGCGUGUUCGAGGGCCUGUCACGCCUGCAGGUGCUUGUGCUUGCAAGCAAUGCGUUCCGGCAGCUCAGCCCCGGUGUCCUCACGCCUUUGGCUCGUCUGGGGUGGUUGGACGUGAGCAGCAACAGCUUCACCCAGCUUCCACAGGCCCUCACCCACGACCGCCUGCCCUCGCUCCACACGUUGAACCUGGGGUUUAACCAGAUCACCACCCUCCCACCCAACGCCAUGGACGCGCUGACGACGCUCAACACCGUAAGGCUCAACCAUAACAGGCUCGUCAACGUCGGCAGCGACGCACUUGCCGGCCUCUCUGCUCUGGAGCAGCUGUUCCUUGACCACAACGACAUCACGCACAUUGCCAGCGGUACGCUUACCCACACACCGCGCCUGCGCCUGCUCUGGGUCAACAACAACGAGCGCAUCCAUGAAGCCUCAAUCCCCGAUCUCUCAGGGGAAAACGUGCAGCUGCCGCUGGUUGAGCUUGCGCUGGACUCCAGCCAGCUCAAGACGUUUCCUUUCCGCCUUCCGCAUCUGGAGAACCUCGGCCUGUACAACGUCUCCCUGACACGCAUGCCCGAAGUGAGCAGCAUGCCAAACCUCACAGCCUUGUUCCUCACCAACCACGCCCUCCCUGUUGUUGAACUCGAGGCCUUCCGCAACAACGCGCGGCUUCAGCUUCUCGAUUUGUCCACUGACAGCUUCAUGCACUCCACAGUCAGGGUGCCCGAGGCGCCAGUGCACCUGCCGAGCCUGGAAGUGCUGUCCCUGGACAACAUGGUCGCACCACCCAACAUUUUGCGCAAGCUUGUGCCUUCCUCGCAGGGGCUGGUGUCGCUGCGCCUCACAGGGCCCGAUUUCACCGACCACACAUUCAACAUCACCCACAUGUGCAGUGUGCUGAGCUCGGAGGUGGAGAACCUCGCCCUCCUCAACACAUCCCUCUCCACGGUAGAGUUGUGCCCACCUGCGUUUAGCGUGGACUUUGACAACGUGCUGCUGGCACGCAGCCCGACCCUGAGAGCCGUCACACUGGAGUUUGACGCCGACAUUCUGGACGUGUCCAGGUGUCCACAGCUAGACAUGCUCAAGGCGCCCCUGGUGCACACGCUCGAUGUCACCAACUCCACCGUUGGCGAGUGGUCGCGUGAGCUGUGCACGACAAUUGGCACAAGCCGCCUGUUCAUGAACAACGUGCGCAUCAGAAGCGGCAUCGAGUCGUUUUACGACAUUGUCAGCAAGUGCAUGGGCAGAGCGAACCUCAUUGACAUCUCCAACAACCAGAUUAUCGACCCGAAGACGCUGAGCAAUGCCGUGAGCACGUUCCGCAUCGGCGUGGACAGUGGCGAGGCGACGUUUGGCAGGAACCCUGCCGAGGGCAAGCAGACCCAGGUGGUCACCACGCUCCUCACCGACAACAUGCCGGUCACAUGUUCCCUGAAGACAGUGUUGGGGAAGCAGCUCAGCGCCACGACGUGGGUGGGCCAGGACACCGCUCUCUUCUUCACGUACGACUGCGCGUGUGCACGCGACCACCGCAAGGCCUCGGAAGGCCACUGCGUCAGGCGGGGCAAGUCUCUCUCACCGGGCGCCAUUGCCGGCAUCGUGCUUGCUGUCGUGCUGACGAACGUGGCGGUCAUUGGGUACUACGAGUGCCACGUGAAGCGCAUCCGUCGGCUGAAGAAGGACCGCGACUUGAACCAGCGCCUGUUGGAGGAGCGAGAGGAAGAGGUGUUUGAGCUGAAGCGCGCGUGGGACAUCCCCGAGGACGAGCUCGACUUUCUCACCUGCAUCAGCGCCGACACCGCUGCCGGUGACGUGUGGAAGGCGCGCUGGGACACACUGGUUGUUGCCGUGAAGGUGCUCAAGAGUGACCAGAUCCAGCUCGCAGAGAGCCUGCAGGAGUUCCAGAAGGAGGUCGAUUUUCUGCAGCGCACGCGCCACCCGAAUCUGGUCCGGUUUUUCGGAGCUGGGCGCCGGUCCCUGGACGGAAGCCCGUUCCUCGUUUUGGAGUACGUGGCCCUCGGGUCCUUGCACGACCUGAUUUGCAGUGAGGGCCACGACAGCUUCGUGGAUGCCGUGAACGGCGCCCUUCGCAGGAGCGGGGAGGCGCGCCAAUCCGUAGCGAGCGAGCGCAAUCGCGCGGGCAGCGCGUGGUUGGACGUGGAGCUCACCUCGGCUGCCGAGGACAAGGACAAUGAUGUCCACGUGUCGCUUACCAGCGCACGGGAAGGGAUGGAUGCCUGGGACUUGAAAGUGGCGUUUAUGCAGGACGUUGCAUGCGGCAUGGCUUUUAUCCACAGCCUCGGCCACCUCCACAGGGACUUGAAGAGUGGGAAUGUGCUGGUGUCUAGCAGCCUGCGGGCAAAGAUCACAGACUUUGGCACCAUUCGCUUGUCGCUCAACGGCAGGGACGACGAGGAGACAGCAAUGGCGACAUCGCUCAUGCAUCAGCAAUUGCUGUUGUCGAGCCAGCUCAGCAUGACGAUGACGGCCGGUGUGGGCACGCCGCUGUACAUGGCACCCGAGGUGCUGCUUGGCACCAAGUACGACACCAAGGCGGACGUGUUCAGCUUUGGCGUGCUGAUGUGGGAGAUUGCGACGCAGCGGCGACCAGACCUGAUUGAGCAGGAGUGUGGCACGUAUCGCGGUCCCCUCCUGGCCAAACUGUUUGAGCUCCUGAACAGUGGCAAGCGCCUCGCCUUCCCUGAUGAGCUCGGCUGCCCCGCCUGGUACAGGAAUUUGGCUGCGGCCUGCAUGGCGCAGGAGCCGCAAACCCGCCCUGUCUUUGCGCAGAUUGAAGUGUCCCUCAAAGCCAGCACUGCAUGA